CUCGCGGAUAGGCAUGCCGUCCUGACGCACUACCGCAGCAGUGUCCGUGACCCAGCCCUGCUGCGCCUGUUCCUGCGCAUUCUGCCCCAACUACCGGCCCACCUGGAGGAUCUCAUUUUUGUGGAGAGUGUUGAUCGAGAAACGCUCAUCCUCUGCAUUGAAAACUUCUCACAAUUCCUCACCACUAUUCGGCUCCCCGACCCUGUCACCGCCUGCUUUGCUGGCAUUGAGUGGCCUACGUGA